CCGGGAAUCUGUCUCUCAGUUCUGCCCGAGUAGGACUCUGCGACUUCUUUUGAAACAUUUGUUUUAUAUAGUAAAUGCAUUAAAGUGUUUAAUAAUAAGAACAUAAGAAGAAAGUGAAUCGAAGGAUUGGAUUAAACUGGCCUCAUGGCGUCAUCUGCCGCUCCAACCGCUUCCAGUUGCGGCACAGAGCGGUCGUGUCUCUGCGGCACCGUGAACGCGUCUUCCCCGUCGUCGCUGUCCUCCGCUCAGGGCUCCCAACACUCCUCCAGCAGCGUGGCCAAGUGCAAGAUCUGUCGCACAAAACCAAAAUUCUGCUUCCUCCGCGGCCAGAGAUCAUUUGACUUAGGACAGCAAGGACCAAGUUCGGCCGGUCACGUGCUGGUAUCAGCAGGUCCCGCCCGGAGCAAAGAGGCAGAGGCGAUAAGGGACACCACCAGGACCCCGCCACACGCCCGCAGAGCUAGAAGCGCGGAACGUUUCGAGGGGCUGCGGAUCAAUGAACGAACUGGGGCAGGACUUCCACGGCAAACAUCACUUCAGAUAUCCGUAAACAGCAACGGGAUCUCUGGCGACAGACCACCGGACUACUCAUACCCAGAACUACCACCAGUAUUCUCACCACCGCCUCCGUACGAAGUAGCAAUGGGGAAGAUGGGGCAUCCGCCGAGCUACGAAGAGUACCUCGCCCAAAGAUUGCAGCAUCAACAGCAACAAAUAGCGACCAAUUCGACAUCGCAGCCUCCACCCCUGCCGCCUCGGAACGCAACCAAGCCGUCAAGAAACCCCUCGCCCCCUCGCCGCUGGCCGCAGCAGCCAUCCGGUUCUUCGACAUCUCACGGCCUGCAGCAACAGAGCUUCUGUAACUGCUCCAAGUGCAAGACUGGGAGUGUGGCAGGAGGGCGUGGAGGUGGUUUAAGAGUGAAUCUUCCGGUGAAGCAAGAAGACAUGAUGACAAUCCGAGGCCUAGCGGAAACACCGCGUCAUUUAAGGGUGAUGCUACCCCCCGAAAUAGCUCAACAGUCGACGUCGUCUCACGAACACUGCCCGUGUUCGAAGUGUCAGUCACGGUAUGGGACAUACGACGAUUCAAACGGAAAUAAUGAUCUAAUGUUCUCGCUGGACAGCACUCCCGCUCUACAGGGUGUGCUAAGUGACGGUCUGAUAUGCAGCGUCAUGUAGACAGACGCCAAGAGACACCGCAGUGCUCCAGUGUGAACGCGUAAGUGAAUGGUUGUUUGUCUAGUUACUUUUAGAUCGAUCUCUGUGCGAACCUCCGAAUACAGUGGCGUGUAUUUCGACGCAUGAUGUACGCAAGUGAUGUACGACUAUCACUUAUCGAUGAAUGCUAAAAUCGUGACUUUAAAAUAUUCAGGAUGUUUCUCAGACUCGUUACAAGAAAUUUAAUGUCAGACUAAGAACACAUUAAACCUGAACCUGACUGUUUUCACGAGUUCAAAUAAGAGUUCAAAGAUCCUCUUUUAGUCAAUUGAAUACAAAUUUUCUUGGAUAUUAUCCAUCGUCUAGUAAAUAUAAAACGUAAAACGACGUU